AUGUUUACAGCAAUUUGCCAACAUAAACUCAAAUCAUCUCUGAAGCGGAGGUUCCAGUGUGUGUUUGAGGGGAUUUCUACAACACAAAAACCGACUCCUCUCAACCAGAUCUUCACAGAGCUCUACAUCACAGAGGGAGGAGGUGGAGAGAUCAAUGAAGAACAUGAGAUCAGACAGAUUGAAACAGCAACCAGGAAACCACAGAAACCAGAAACAAUAAUCAAACAUCAAGAUAUCUUUAAAAGCCCACCUGGAAGAGAUGAACCAGUCAGAAUGGUGAUGACAAAGGGAGUGGCUGGCAUCGGGAAAACAGUUUUAACACAGAAGUUCACUCUGGACUGGGCUGAAGACAAAACCAACCAGAACAUCCAGUUCAUGUUUCCGUUCACGUUCAGAGAGCUGAAUGUGCUGAAGGACAAAAAGUUCAGCUUGGUGCAACUUGUUCAUCACUUCUUUUCCGAAACAAAACAAAUUUCCUGCUUUGAACAAUUCCAGGUUGUCUUCAUCUUUGAUGGUCUGGAUGAGUGCCGACUUCCUCUGGACUUCAAGAACCAGGAGAUCCUGACAGAUAUUACAGAGUCCACCUCAGUAGAUGUUCUGCUGACAAACCUCAUCAGGGGGAAACUGCUUCCCUCUGCUUGCAUCUGGAUAACUACAAGACCUGCAGCAGCCAAUCAGAUCCCUCCUGAGUGUGUUGGCAUGGUAACAGAGGUCAGAGGGUUCACUGACCCACAAAAGGAGGAGUACUUAAUGAAGAGGUUUCAAAGUGAAGAGCAGGCCAGCAGGAUCAUCUCCCACAUAAAGUCAUCAAGGAGCCUCCACAUCAUGUGCUACAUCCCAGUCUUCUGCUGGAUCACUGCUACGGUUCUGGAGGAAGUGUUGGAGACCAGAGAGGGAGGAGAGCUGCCCAGAACCCUCACUGAGAUGUACAUCCACUUUUUGGUGGUUCAGACCAAGUUAAACAUGAUCAAAUAUGAUGGAGGAGCUGAGACAGAUGGACAUUGGAGUAAAGAUUGCAGGGAGAUGAUUGAGUCUCUGGGAAAACUGGCUUUUGAUCAACUGCAGAAAGGAAACCUGAUCUUCUAUGAAUCAGACCUGAUAAAGUGUGACAUUGAUAUCAGAGCAGCUGCGGUGUACUCAGGAGUGUUCACACAGAUAUUUGUAGAAGACAAAGUUAUAGAACACACAGGGCUGUUUGGGACCAGAGUGUUCUCCUUUGUCCAUCUGAGUGUUCAGGAAUUUCUGGCAGCUCUUUAUGUCCAUCUAACCUUCAUCAACUCAGGUGUCAACUUAAUGGAUGAGAAAAAAACAAACAAUAACAACAGGGGGACCAUAACAUUUGGGAGAAAAAAAGCAAAGCGUGUGCAUGAAUAUGCUAUUGACAAAGCCUUGCAGAGUUCAAAUGGACAUUUGGAUUUGUUCCUCCGCUUUCUUCUGGGCCUUUCAUUUCAGACCAAUCAGGAUCUCCUCCAUCGUCUGCUCUCACAGACAGGAAUCGUGAACACACCAAAUAAUGAGGAAACAGUCAAGUACAUUAAGAAGAAGAUCAAACAGAAUUUGUCUGCAGAGAAAAGCAUCAAUCUGUUCCACUGUCAGAAUGAACUAAAUGAUCAGUCUCUGGUGAAAGACAUACAACAGUCUUUGAGUUCAGGAAGUCUCUCCACGGAUAAACUGACUAACCUUCAGUGGUCAGCUCUUGUCUUCAUCUUAUUGUCGUCAGACAAACAUCUGGAUGUGUUUGACCUGAGGGAAUACUCUGCCUCAGAGAAGGUCCUUCUGAGACUGCUGCCAGUGGUCAAAUCUUCUAGCAAAGCUUUACUGCGUGGCUGCAACCUCUCAGAAAGAAGCUGUGAAGCUUUGUCCUCAGUUCUCAGCUCCGAGUCUUGUAGAUUGAAAGAGUUGGACCUGAGUGAAAACAACCUGCACGAUUCAGGAGUAAAGAGUCUGUCUGAAGGUCUAAGGAGUCCAAAUUGCAAACUGGAAAUUCUCAGUUUGUCAGGAUGUCUGAUCACAGAGGAAGGCGGUGCCUCUAUCUCCGUAGCUCUGACCUCAAACCCCUCACAUCUCAAAGUGUUGGACCUAACCUAUAAUCAUCUAGGAGGAACAGGAGAGAAGCUUCUGACAUCAUGUCAAUUUUGGGAUCAGGAGCGAUGCUCCUUGAGCGCCCCCUGCCUAGAGUCCAAGGAACUGCCGGCAUCACCUACAGCCAGCCUUUGCUGUUUUUGA